AUGGCGGAUUACGCAAUGGAGGACACUCAGAACUCUGCUCCAGGUCAGCCCACAGCUCACGAGACUUCGAAGCUAUCGAAUGCUCCGCGGCGACAAGAUGCGCAAAGUGUGACGAAACGACUCCAGACAGAAUUAAUGAAUUUGAUGCUUCAUCCUACACCCGGUAUCUCUGCCUUUCCUUCAUCACCCGAGAACCUCAUGCAUUGGACCGCGACAAUCAUUGGCCCUGCAGACACCCCAUACGCCAAUUUAACGUUCAAGCUCUCCUUCGAAUUCACCUCCAGUUACCCGUACGCACCGCCAACCGUACUCUUCAAGACACCAAUAUAUCAUCCAAAUGUCGACUUUUCCGGUAGGAUUUGCUUAGAUAUCCUCAAGGAUAAGUGGAGUGCGGUGUACAAUGUCCAGAGUGUUCUGCUCAGUCUCCAGAGCUUGCUCGAUGAGCCUAAUAAUGCAAGUCCAUUAAACGGGCAGGCUGCGGAGCUGUGGGAUAAAGAUGCUGCCGAAUUCCAGCGCCUGGUUUUAGCUCGGCACCAGGAUUUGACUGAGGAGUGA